UAAAGAUGUUGAAGUGCGGACUUUUGUCUAAGAAAAAUGAGCCAGUGCCUCUGAAGAGCAUCUCAGUGGAGGUUCGGGUUCAGGAUCAUGUAGCCACAGUCUCCUCCACUCUGCAGUAUGUGAAUGAGGAAGAGCGCCCCCUGGAGGCCUUGUUCGUCUUCCCUCUGCCUGCUGAUGCUGCUGUCUGCCACUUCAGUGCCAAGAUCGGAGAGCAGGAGAUUGUGGCAGAGGUGCAAGAAAGAGAAACUGCGAGGGAUCGUUAUGAUGACGCUGUGAGUUCGGGUCAGCAGGCGUUUCUGUUGGAAGAGAGCGAAGAGAGUCCUGAUGUGUUCAGACUGAGUGUCGGGUGUCUGUCGCCGGGUCAGAACGCUGCCGUCACCAUCAUCUACGUCACCGAGCUCGCUGUGCAGGCCGACCACUCGCUGCGCUUCUGUCUGCCGGCUGUACUCAACCCCCGAUACACACCAGCAGGUUCAGCUGCUGGUAUAGUCUCAGAGAUUUCAUCAGGAUGUGGAUCUGUUCCCUACACGCUGACUCUCAGUGUCCAUGUGAGCUCUCCAAAGCCCAUCUCCAAACUAGAGUCCAGCUGCACUCUGGAUCCUCUAGUGUUCCUCCACUCUGAUCACACUCAGGCGACGGUGAAUCUGAGUCCUGGUCACAUGUUUGAUAAGGACGUUGAGCUGUUUGUGUACUAUCAGGAUACCCAUCAGCCCUCUGCUAUAGUGGAGGCAGGAGUGACCACUGCCCCAUCAGGCUCUCUGAUGAGGCACCCAGUGGUCAUGAUAAGUUUGUACCCUGAGUUCCCAGAGGAAAUGACUCAAGGAGAGUUUGUUUUUGUGAUGGACAGAUCAGGCAGUAUGAGCAACACACGGAUAGAAAGUGCAAAGGACACUCUGCUGUUACUGUUGAAGAGUCUGCCCAUGGGAUGCUACUUCAAUAUCUAUGGAUUUGGCUCUCGUUUUGAGUCCUUCUACCCUCAGAGUGUCGAGUACAAUCAGGACACAGUGGAUGAGGCUCUGAAGAGAGUGAAGGAAAUGCAAGCAGACAUGGGCGGCACAGAGAUUUUACAGCCUCUAAAACACAUCUACAGUCGGCCCUGUUACCCAGACCACCCCAGACAGCUGUUCAUCUUCACUGAUGGAGAGGUGUUUAACACUAAAGAGGUGCUGGACCUGGUGAAACAUCAUGCUCACUCUCACAGGUGUUUCUCAUUCGGGAUUGGUGAGGGUGCAAGUACCGCCCUCAUCACAGGAAUGGCCAGGGAGGGAUCUGGUCACGCUCAGUUCAUCACAGGCACCGACCGCAUGCAGCCUAAAGUGAUGCAGUCCCUCAGGUUUGCGCUGCAGCCCGCUGUGGUUAAUAUCUCUGUGGAUUGGACCCUUCCAGAUGGCAUUACUGUUGACACACUGUCUCCACCCAUCAAUAUGCUCUUCCAGGGUCAAAGGUCACUCAUUUAUGCCCACCUUAAAGGAAAGAGUUCAGGAGGCUCUGAGGGAACAGUGACAGUCAAAUACAGUCUUAAUGAUCAACCAGUAACAAACCAGCUCCACUUCUGCCUCAAACCAACUGAGAAAACAGGGUUGGCCAUUCACCGGCUGGCGGCUCAAAUCCUGAUCCGUUCUCUGGAGCAGGAGGAGAGGUCAGGUAAUACAGGGAAUAAGCGCAUCAAGAAAAUGAUGAAGAAGCUCAGAAAAAGGAUAGUGAAGCUCAGUGUUCAGGCAGGAGUGAGCAGUGUUCAUACAGCCUUCAUUGCCAUUAAUAAAGACAGCAGACAGACUGUGAAAGGACCCCUGCUGCAGAGAAGAGUGCCGAUAUACGCCAGACGAUGUGUACCACCGACCCCUGGGUCACUGCCAGCCAGACAAUGUGCAGCACCGAUCCUUGGGUCACUGCCAGUCAAAAAAUGUGCACCACCGAACCCCUGGGUCACUGCCAGCCAGACGAUUGAAAGCAGUGAUCCCUAUGAAAGAUCCAGCAAGACAAUGUGCACCACCGAUCCCUAGGUCACUGCCAGCAAGACAAUGUGCACCACCGAUCCCUAGGUCACUGACAGGUAAAUGCACCUCAGUCUAAUAGUUUUGUGAAAUAGUGAAUUGUGAAUUGUUUGAAGAAAUUGUUGUUUUUAAGAAAUUAACUAACUAACUGUGCUACUUAAAGGGUACCUAUUAUGCCCCUCAUUUUUUUUAAAGCAUGUUAAUAUGGCUACUUUUUGGGUGUGAGC